GAUAGACCACGAUCGCAAUGGCGGUACGGCUAGUCAGUUUGGCGAUAUCGGGGAGGCGAGUCAACGUUUGUGUACACCGUCGUUAAGUUUGAAGCAUAAACGAACGGACAACAACCUCUCCAAACGUCUAUUCUUCCAGUCAUGUUCCAAUAUUGGCUGCUACUGGUUGUAUUAGAACUGUCCUUAGAUGCUGCUCUGAGCGUUUCUCAGGCUGAAAUUGACAGGCAUUUAGAACUAGGGAGGGAAUUUUUAGCCAGAGGUCAACUGCAAGAUGCCUUGUCCCAUUAUCAUGCCGCAGUGGAGGGUGAUCCGAAUAACUACCUUACGUAUUACAAAAGAGGUACGGUGUACUUAGCCCUCGGUAAAGCAAAGUUCGCUUUAUUUGAUUUGGACAAAGUUUUGGAAUUGAAGCCUGAUUUUCAUGCCGCUAGAUUACAGCGCGGUAAUGUUUUAUUGAAACAGGCCGAACUAGAUGCAGCUGAAAUCGACUUUCAUAAUGUGCUGGCAUUUGAUCCGUCGAACGAAGAUGCAUUGAAUGGGUUAUACAAAUUAUCUCCAGUGAGGGAGGACAUUCAACUGGCUGAAGCGUUAUCACAAAGUGGUGAUUAUCCAGCAGUUAUUCAGUUGAUAAAUCGAAUAAUAGAAAUUUGCCCUUGGGCAUCGCACCUUCGGGAACUGAGAGCUGAGAGCCACGCAGCAUUAGGAGAUUAUAUGAGCGCUGUCUCUGAUAUACGAUCGACAACAAAACUUCUGGCUGACAAUACUCAAGGAUACUUCAAGCUCUCUUCACUAUUGUAUCGCCUGGGCCAAGUCGAUGAGUCUCUCAAGGAGAUUCGGGAGUGCUUAAAGUUGGAUCCGGAACACAAACAGUGCUUUCCGCAUUACAAGAAAGUGAAGAAGAUUGCAAAGUUUAUAAACGAUGCAGAGACAUCUGAAGAGGCUAAGGAUUAUGAAACUUGCAUUGAAGGGAGUAAGCGUGUUCUCAAAAAUGAACCGCACGUACAAAAUGUGCGUUUUCUAGCUGCGCAGUUGCUCUGCCGGUGUCAUCUUGGGAACAAUGAUCCUGCUAAAGCUAUAGAAAGUUGUCACGAUGCUCUCGAGAUCCAACGAGACCCAGGCUUAUUCUGUGACAGGGCAGAAGCCUACAUUGCUGCUGAACAAUAUGACGAUGCGAUCAGGGAUUUCAAAGAUGCGCUAGAAAUAGACCCAAAUUUGCAAAGAGCUAAGGAUGGUGUUCAGAGAGCGCAGAGAUUGCAAAAGCAAUCAGAGUCCAGAGACUACUACAAAAUCCUUUCAGUUCCAAGAACCGCCUCCAAAAAGGAAAUCGUCAAAGCGUAUAGAAAGGCGGCUCAAAAAUGGCACCCUGACAACUUCCAAGAAGGAGAAGAGAAGAAGCGUGCAGAGAAAAAGUUCAUUGAUAUCGCUGCAGCUAAAGAAGUAUUGACUGAUCCUGAAAAACGCGCUAAAUUUGAUCAGGGCGAGGAUCCGCUGGAUCCUGAAUCUGGACGACAACAAGGAUUCAAUCCUUUCCACGAAUUUUCCCACUUCGCACGCCCUCACGGCUCACCCUUCCAAUUCAAGUUCCACUUCCCUUAGCAAAAUCAAGAAACUCAGUAGUUCUAUUGAAUUUUUAAUGACGACGAUAUACGAAAACGCGUCGCGCAUUUGCUAUUACAACAAUAUGUAUAACUAAACGCACUGCAGAACUCCACCUGUCUUUUCCUGUCGGUUAUCUAAUGGGUGUGAGUGAAUUUAAGUCGCAGAGGUGAUCUUACAUCAAAAUGCUUGACCGAACCAUCGGAGAGUACUGGAUACCAAAGAAAUCGCAGUAGGACAGUUUAUAAUUUAUACAAAUUUUUCAAAUUGCUGAUUAUUAUCUUGUUUAAGUGGAACAAGAGAUAAACAUUUAAAAGGUUUAUAUUAGAAAGCUUUAGCAAACGCUUUAGGUACGUUUUAAAUUUUUGAUUUAGUAUACACAUUCAAAUUCAUGCGUUCAGACUGCUCGUAGUAAUCCAUAGUUUCAUUUUUUCAUAUCUCAAUUAUCACCAAAGCACUGUAAAUUGGGAUUCGGAAUGCUUAAGGUUAUCUUUGUUACUUCCCGAGGUGGUUACAUCUCAUUUAAGCUGAACUCGACUUUCGCUUAUUUAUUUUACAGUAAAAAAUGUCUAGUAAUCAAGGGGUGCAAAGUCCUGGGCAACCGUGUGUGUCGCUUAGUUUUUUUUUUUUUUUUUGUAAUCGUUGUAUACAACGAAUGUUUCACUGACACUGCAUUUACAAAAUCUAAUAGAAAUUGCUUUAAUUUAUUCGUGACUACUCUUAUCUUAUCUUCAAAGCAUUAUUAAUGCUCAUACGUUUAUUGUGAUCAAAACUUUAAAUCUGGUCAUACAAAAUACAUAAAUUUUCGUACUAAAAUAGGUUAUAAGGUAUUGAG